AUGCUUUUCAAAAGGUACCGGCCCAGGGAAGGAAUACAUAUCGACCCCAUCUUCAGGGCGCUUCAGGAUACCAUCUUGAACCCCUGUGUGGCCUUGGCCUUAUACCUCAUCAUUAUCUCAGUCUUGUCCUCCCAAUCAGUGGAAGAGGAUAGGGACCGCAACAUCACCGGAUGGCUUCGGCAUGCAGCAAAGUGGGUGCUAUGUGUGACGGUCGCAGGAGCACUGCUCUCGUUGAACAGAAUUCUGAAUACCGGCUCUCUUAACAACUGGGUCACGGCAGAGUCGCAAUCUUGGGGUUCUGAGAUUGCUGUCAUCACUGGUGGGAGCAGUGGAAUAGGAGCCAGCGUCGUGCAACAACUCCUGGAACGAGAGCCAGACGCUCGCGUCGUGGUCAUCGAUUUCUGUCCUCUCGAAUUCACGCCUCCUGCAAACUCGAAAGUUCACUGCUACCACUGCGACUUGAGCAAAAGCGAUGCCCUCAAGGCUGUCUGCGAGCGCAUCCGAACCGAAGUUGGCUCACCGACCAUCCUUAUCAACAGUGCGGGUCUGACGAGGGGUCAGACCAUCACGGGUGGAAAGUAUCAUGACGUUGAGUUGACGUUCAAAACUAACAUUAUCGCUCCAUUCCUCCUUGUCAAGGAGUUCCUACCAGCCAUGGUAGGGCGAAACCAUGGUCACAUUGUGGGGAUUUCCUCACUCAGUGCCGUUAUUACCCCAGCCAGGCUAGCAGACUAUGGCGCGACGAAACAGGGAGUUCUGACCCUGCAGAACACUCUCCGACAAGAACUUCGCUUCGAAGAAAAGGCGCCCAAAGUCCGUGUUACCAGCGUGGUACUCGGAUUUGUUGCCACGCCGAUGUUCAAAGGGAAGACGAACCAGUCAGGGUUCCUUUCGCCCCUCCUCCACGUUGACACGGUAGGAGAGGCUAUAGUCGAUGCCAUAGUGGCUCGGGAGUCCAGGUCCAUCUGGUUGCCAGGAAUUGGCGGACUUGUAGCAAUGCUUGCUGCGGGACCUGACUGGCUCGGCGAAAUGUUGCGCAACUCGACUCAGCGCAUUCGCGUGGAUUAUGUCGGGAGGCAGACGACAGACCCUGACACAGGCGGCCUUUGUAAAGCUGAGGAAGGGACAUGA